GCCGGUCUGCACAGGCAGCACCAUGUCGCUCAUGGUCCUCAGCAUGGCGUGUGUCGGGUUCUUCUUGGUCCAGAGGGCCUGGCCACGUGAGAGUGGUCGGGACAAGCCCACCCUGUCUGCCUGGCCCAGCGCUGUGGUGCCUCGAGGAGGACACGUGACUCUUCGGUGUCACCAUCAAUCUAGGUUUACAAAGUUCAGGUUGUACAAGGAAGACGGGAUCCUCAAUCCUGACUUCCAGGGUGGAAUAUUCUGGAAUAGCUCCCUCAUGUUCCCUGUGACCACAGCACAUGCAGGGACCUACAGAUGUCGGGGUUUUCACCCAGACUCCCGCACUCCGUGGACGGCACUCAGCAACCCCCUGGUGAUCAGGGUCACAGGUCUAUAUGGGAAACCUUCUCUCUCAGCCCAGCCGGGCCCCAAGGUUCAGCCAGGAGAGAACGUGACCUUGUCCUGCAGCUCCCGGAGCUCAUUUGACAUGUACCAUCUAUCCCGGGAUGGGGAGAUCCCUGAACUCAGGCUCCCUGCAGUGCGGAGUGUCAAUGGAACAUUCCAGGCCCACUUCCCUCUGGGCCCUGCCACCCACGGAGCGACCUACAGAUGCUUCGGCUCUUUCCAUGGCACUCCCUAUGAGUGGUCAGCCCCGAGUGACCCACUCUCCGUUUCUGUCACAGGAAACCCUUCAAGCGGUUGGCCUUCACCCACAGAACCAAGCUCCAAAACUGGUAACCCCAGACACCUGCACGUUCUGAUUGGGACCUCAGGGGUCAUCAUGCUCUUCAUCAUCAUCAUCUUCUUUCUCAUUCAUCGCUGGUGGUCCACCAAAAAGAAUGCUGCUGUAGUGGACCAAGAGCCUGGGGUGGACAGAACAGUGAACAGGGAGGACUCUGAUGGACAAGACCCUUAGGAGGUGACAUACGCACAGCUGGAUCACUGCAUUUUCACUCAGAGAAAAAUCACUCGCCCUUCUCAGAGGUCCAAGAGACCCCCAAGAGAAACCAGUGUGUACAUGGAACUCCCAAAUGCGGAGCCCAGAUUGAAAGUUGUCUCCUGUCUGUGAGCACCACAGACAGGCCUGAGGGGGUCCUCUAGGGAGACAAUGGCCCUGUCUCAAACCCAGCUUGCCAGCUCCAGUGUAAGAGCAGCUGGGACCUGAAGGCGUGAGUCUGCGUCUUAGAGGAUCACUCUUCCUCACACUGUGAAUCUGAACGUGGCUGUCUCUUGCUUACAAAUGUCUGUGGUCCUCACUGCCUGCUGGACAGAAAACACACUCCUUUGCUUAACACACAAUUCUCCAUUUCACUUGACCCCUGCCCACCUCUCCAACCUAACUGGCUUACUUCCUGGUCCUUCCUGAGACUGCAGUCACACUGAGGAACUCACAAGUCCAGACAUACAAGAGGCUCCCUCUUGACACAGCACUUAGACACGUGCUGUUCCACCUUCCCUCAUGCUGUUCCACCUUCCCUCAGAUUUUGAGGGAUUUUGCAGCCUUCUGUCAUCAGUAAAAAUUUUAAGCUCUUUUUAUAUGUAAUUUUGAUGUAGUUCUCUUCAAAUAAACACGU